UCAAUGUGAGACAGACAAUAAAUAGGCAGAGAAGGCUGUUAAUGUGUGGUUUUGGAUGAGCGCCGAAACGGUUUGUAGACUUCGCACAUACACAACAGGAUGUAGCAGCGGCGAAAUAAAUAAGAAAGGAGAAGAAAAGCGCGUGCGAAGAUCGGAGGUGUAGAUUGUGAGCGUGGACAGAAGCAGAAGCCGACGGUAGCAGGAUUACCCACGGCAGGUUAUGAUGACAGCACCGCGGCCCGAGCUUCUAACCUGAAGUACCGCUCCAUGCGCUUUUGUUUGACGCAGCACUGGAUUUUUACGCACUAAACGGACUCUGACUGGCACAGUUCAGAUACUUUUGUAACAGAGGGGAGCACUGAAAGAAAGAGGACAGGAUGGCGAGCCAGAACGACUGCUGUGUGAAGGUCUCUUUGAGGAUCCGUCCCCAGAUGGCGAAGGAGAAGAUUGAGGGCUGUCACGUGUGUACGCUGGUCACGCCCGGAGAGCCCCAGAUGUUGCUGGGUAAAGACAAGGCCUUCACGUACGACUUUGUGUUCGACAUCGACUCAGCCCAGCAGCAGAUCUAUGCUGCCUGCGUCCACAAACUCAUCGAGGGCUGUUUCGACGGAUACAACGCUACGGUGUUUGCCUAUGGACAGACAGGAUCAGGGAAGACUCAUACCAUGGGGACAGGGUUUGACAUGAACGUGCAGGAGAAGGACCAGGGUAUCAUCCCGCGGGCUGUUCGUCAGCUGUUCCUGGGCAUCCAGGAGAGGAAGACACAGGCCCAGCAGCAGGGCACACACCCUCCAGAGUUUAAAGUCAGUGCACAGUUCCUAGAGCUGUACAAUGAGGAGAUCCUAGAUCUGUUUGACGGAGCCAGAGACCCAGACUGUAAGAGCAGGAAGUCUAAUAUCAAGAUCCAUGAGGAUGGCAGCGGCUCCAUCUACACCACCGGAGUCACCUCACGACUUGUCAACUCAGAAGAAGAGCUGUUACAGUGUCUGAAGCUGGGAGCGUUGUCUCGUACCACGGCCAGUACCCAGAUGAACGCAUCUAGUUCCAGAUCUCACGCCAUCUUCACCAUCAACCUCUGUCAGAUGAGAGUCUGUCAACAAACUGAGGAGAAUGGUGAGGUGAACGGAGGUGUAAAUGGAGGUGUGAUUGGGGAGGUGAACGGUGAUGAAAAUGGAGGUGUGAUUGGGGAGGUGAACGGAGAGGUGAAUGGUGUUGUCGGAGAUGGAGGGUCAAUUAUCAAGCCUGAGUAUGAGACUCUGAUGGCCAAGUUUCACUUUGUGGACCUAGCUGGAUCAGAGAGACUCAAACGCACCGGAGCAACGGGAGAACGGGCUCGGGAGGGCAUAUCCAUCAACUGUGGACUGCUGGCUUUGGGGAAUGUGAUCAGUGCUCUGGGGGACCAGGCUAAGAAAGGAGGACAUGUUCCCUACAGAGACUCUAAACUAACGCGCCUACUACAGGACUCACUGGGAGGAAACAGUCGUACUUUGAUGAUCGCGUGUGUGAGUCCGUCGGAUCGGGACUUCAUGGAGACCCUGAACACACUGAAGUACGCCAACAGAGCCAGGAACAUCAAGAACAAGGUGGUGGUGAACCAAGACAAGACCAGCCAACAGAUGUCUGUCCUGAGGGCUGAGAUUGCCAGGCUACAAAUGGAACUUAUGGAGUAUAAAGCGGGUAAGCGUGUGGCAGGUGAGGACGGCUCGGAGGGCUUCAGUGAUCUGUUCCAGGAGAACUCGAUGUUACAGAGAGAGAACGACACGCUACGCAUGCGAGUCAAAGCCAUGCAGGAGACCAUCGACCACCUCAACACACGGGUAACCACGCUCCUCGCCAACGAGGUCAGCACGCUGCUGGCCAAGUCGGGUGAGGGCAAUGAGGAGAUUGGUGCUCUGAUACAGAACUAUAUCAGAGAGAUCGAGGAGCUCAGAUCAAAGCUCCUGGAGAGCGAGUCGAUGAACGAGUGUCUUCGUCGCAGUGUAACCCGUCUCUCCUCCCGCUCCCCGUUCACCACCUCCUCCUCUCAUAGCUCCACCCCAGGGCCACACCCCUUAGGCUCCUCCCCUUCCCUUUCCAUGGAGGCGGAGAUGACGGACGUGAUUCGUCGAGCCAAGACGGACAUCGAGAGGCUGAAGAAGAAGGAGAGGAGACAGAGGAGGAUGAGCCCAGAGAAAGAGAAAGGGUUGAAGAAACGAGCGAAGCUUCAUUCUCAUGAGAACGGACAUAAUGGAGAAAACGGCCAGAUGGACUCGGAUGACAACUACACAGAGGACGUGAUGUCACCUCUGCAGGAGGAGGAGAGCGGGUGUGACGAGGAAGAGGAGGAGGGGAGGGACGAAGAGGAGUUUGACAGUGAUGAGAGUCUGGUGGACUCCGACUCGGACUCUGAUGAGAAAGCUAAUUUCCAGGUGGAUCUGGCAGACCUGACGAGUGAGAUUGAGAUCAAGCAGAAGUUGAUAGAUGAGCUGGAGAACAGUCAGAAGAGACUGCUGCAGCUCAAGCUACAGUAUGAAGAGAAACUCAUCCUGCUGCAGAACAAGAUCAGAGACACACAGCUUGAGAGAGAUAGAGUACUGCACAACCUCUUGUCUAUGGAGAACUACACGGAGGAGAAGGCUAGCAGGAUUAAAUCCGAGUAUGAGAAGAGGCUGAAGGAGAUGAACAGAGACCUGCUGAAACUGCAGGCAGCACAGAAGGAACACACGAGGCUACUGAAGAACCAGGGACGCUAUGAACAGGAACUAAAGAAACUGCAGCAGGAGGUCAACGAGAUGAAGAAAGCCAAGGUGGCACUGAUGAAGCAGAUGAAGGAGGAGCAGCUGAGGAGGAGGAUGAUGGAGGCCAAGAGGAACAGAGAGAUCGCUCAGCUCAAGAAGGAGCAGCGACGACAGGAAUACCAGAUUCGUUCGUUGGAGAGUCAGAAGCGUCAGCAGGAGCUGGUACUGAGGAGAAAGAGCCAGGAGGUGACAGCCUUACGACGUUUGGCUAAACCCAUGUCUGGACGUAUGGCUAGACGACUACAGCCCCUAGACUCCGGAGCAGAACUGUCUGCCAGCACCACCUCCUCUGAACCAGAGUCCAACCGGACCUCAACCAAAGUGUCUAACAUAGUGAGACAGUGGAACACCAAGAUGAAUGGCUACCUGGGAGAGAGCGAGGGGAUUACUACCAACGGGACACAGGUUGUUGGCAGUAGGACGCGUGUCCAGCAGCGCAAGGGUGUUCUCGUGGGCAGCAGUAGUUUCUCCAAGGCGGCCCGUCAGAAGUGGCAGACUCUAGAGAGGAGGAUCCUGGACAUCGUCAUGCAGAGGAUGACCAUCACCAACGUCGAGGCCGACAUGGACCGACUCAUCAAGAAGCGAGAGGAGCUGUCUGUGCAGCAGGAGGCACUGUUGCGUAAAAGGCAGGUGCUUAUGGCCGAGGGGGAGGGGCCUGACGGGGAGGACCGCCUAGUCCAGGAAAUGAACGAGGACAUUGAGGUUCUGAAUGCAAACAUAGACUACAUCAACGACAGCCUAUCAGACUGCCAGGCAACCAUCGUUCAGAUAGAGGAGACCAAGGAUGAGCUGGACUCGGUGGACACCUCAGUGGUCAUCAGCUCCUGCUCUCUGGCUGAGGCCCGACACCUCCUGGACCACUUCCUCAAGGCCUCCAUUGACAAGGGUUUACAGGUGGCUCAAAAGGAGUCUCAGAUCCGUCUGUUGGAGGGCCAGCUGAGACAGACAGAUAUGAUUGGCUCUGCCCAUAACCACAUCAUCCUGGACGCGCUGAGAGAAAAGGCUGAGUGUAUCCCCGAGCUACAGGCACUCAUACACAACGUACAGCAGGAGAAUGGUUAUGUCAGCACCGACGAGGAGCCUUCAGAGUUUAGCCAGGCCUCUGACGGCAGUGUGUCUCGGAUGAAGUCCUCAGCUAGUCAGGAUGACUGCAAGCUGAAGGUUCAGACUGAGCCCCGUCUGUCAGCCCAGAUGAAAGCGGUAUCGGCAGAGUACCUGGGUCCCAUGUUAGACCCGUCCACUAAGAACAUCACCAAGUCCCUGGCCUCCCUAACAGACAUCCAGGAGAACGGCGGCUCAGGUGGCCUGAGCCUCACUCUCCCCAUCUUUAGAGACAGGGUGUCCAGGACCAUCAGCCUGCCUGUCCGGGGACACACCUUUCCUCGGCAGUCUCGGGGGGGUGACACCUCCCCUCUAACAAGGAGGAAGUCUUAUGACCGAGGCCAGUCUUACAGAAAUGCUGAUGGGCAUACUCCCCCAUCCUCCCCCCCUCUCAGAACCAGAAACGACCGCAAUGUAUUUUCAAGGCUCACCAGCAACCAGAGCCAAGGCUCCGCACUGGACAAGUCGGAUGACAGCGACUCCUCUCUCUCGGAGGUGCUCAGGGGUGUGAUCACUCCCACGGGGGGAGUGAAGGGGGGACGGACGGCGCCCCUCCAGUGUUCAGCCAUAGCAGAGGGACACUCUAAACCUGUCCUCUGUGUGGACGCUACAGAUGAACUGCUCUUCACUGGAUCCAAAGACCGGACGUGUAAGAUGUGGAACCUGGUGACGGGACAGGAAAUCGUCACGCUGAAAGGGCACCCCAAUAACGUGGUCUCAGUCAAAUACUGUUCCUCCUCCUGCCUCGUCUUCUCUGUCUCCACCUCCUACAUCAAGGUCUGGGACAUACGAGACUCUGCCAAGUGUGUCCGCACCCUCACGUCUUCAGGCCAGGUGGUAUCGGGGGAUGCGUGUGUGGGCACCACCACCCGUACCAUCACGGUGGCACAGGGUGAAUACCAGAUCAACCAGAUAGCUCUCAACCCCUCUGGCUCUGUUCUCUAUGCUGCUGCUGGUAACACUGUACGCACCUGGGACCUCAACAGGAUGAUGGCAUUAGGGAAGCUGACAGGUCAUAUAGGCUCAGUGAUGUGUCUCACUGUAGGUCAGUCUCUACUGGGCAAAGACCAGGUCAUCACUGGCUCCAAGGACCACUAUGUCAAGGUGUUUGACGUGGCAGAGGGCAUGCUGGGUAAUUUAGGCCCCGCCCACAACUUUGAGCCUCCGCACUAUGACGGCAUCGAGUGUCUGGCCAUCCAGGGAGACGUUCUGUUCAGCGCAUCACGAGACAACGGCAUCAAGAAGUGGGACCUGGAGAACCAAGAACUCACACAGCAAAUCCCCAACGCCCAUAAGGACUGGGUGUGUGCUCUGGCAUACGUUCCUGGGCGACCCAUGUUGCUGAGUGCCUGUCGGGGAGGCAUGCUGAAGGUGUGGAACGUUGAUAACUUCACCCCCAUAGGAGAGGUCAAGGGUCAUGAGAGCCCCAUCAAUGCCAUCUGCACCAACUCCCGGCACAUCUUCACCGCUUCCAGUGAUAUGACAGUGAAGAUCUGGUCAGCAAAGGUGGGGAAGAAGAGGUGACGUUCGGUCGGAGCGUUAUUGUGACAUCAUUAUCUGCGGCCAUCUUUACUGAGGGCCUUCACCCCUGACCUCUGACCCUCUCACCUCAACCACCUCAACCAAUCAGGUGUGACGCGGCAGGACUUCACGGUUACCAACCAUAACCGGGAUGACCAGUGUGGAUGACACGUCGUCGCAAAGUUCAGUCUCCUCCGGAAAGAUCCUGAUGAGGAGUGUGUCUUCAACUGAAAGGCAAAACGGGAAGCUUGAGAGUUUUAGCCUUUUCUUGUUUCUACUGCCAAUCCAACUGGAAGUGCAAUUGAGGUGUGAUGGUAUUUGGACAAGACAAAAUCUUUAUUGUGCCAGAUAAUGGCUGUGUGAGGACAAAAAUCAGAAUGCCCAUGGGACGUUCAUAGACACAGCUACUGACUGAUUCAUCUACUCUCCUAUUUAUUAGUCAUUCAAUGAAAACAAGGUCUCCCUGAGGUGAACUGACCCUUGGAGAACACCAUUUCUGAGCCAACUAAAGACUAUGUUUCCAACUUCA